CGAAAUAAAUACCGAAAAUCAGCGGCGCUCUUUCUCUCCUCUCCCCUCCCCUUUUCCCUGUCCCUCUCGAGCCCGUGUAUUUUAGCAUAUUUUCCCCUGGGGUUGCCGCCUGGCUGGUCCGUCUCGCGCCGCUUAUUUCCCCCCUCCCCUCGUAACUUUCGAAAGGCGAGCGGCGGCGGCGGCGGCGGCGGACGAGGACGACGACGAGGAGCUGCCGCGGGCGCGGGCUAGGGUUUCCUCCGACCAAGCGAGAGGCGCCGCGCGCUUCCCCACCUCCCUCCCCGGCCGGUCGCAGGACCUCGUUGACGCGAGCAAGGCAGAAUCUACGGUGACCACACCUUCUGAUUCCGGCAGCCACGUCCCCAUGCCGACCAUCACGCACUACGUCUUGGACCCCUUCCUGGAGACCGGCUCCCUUCCCAACCUCCGGAAGCUUGUUCCCAAGCCGCCUCCAGCGGCGCCGCUACCCCCUGAGAAGUCCUCCGAGAAGCCCGUACCUGUGCCGGUGGCUCCUGCCAGGACCAACACCUUGCCAGCGCUCUACUCCACACCUGAGAGCACGCCACUGCCAGACUCGCCGUCGUCGUUCCCUGGAACCUGGUCGCCGUAUCUCAUCAACCAUAAACGUCGGGGGCCUGGCCUGAUCAAGACUCCUUCUCAGGGCGAUGUCGGAAGUGAGGGUAGCCUGCCGAAGUUUCCCGAGGGGCUACCUGCAUUGCCGAAAAGGGCUGAAGCCUUUCAAGUGCAGGAGUCUGAGUUUAGGCUCUCACAAGAGAGUAAUGGUGUGGUUGGAGGUAACAAUGGUGUUGAGGAGACCUUUGGUGGGCAGAAUGAAGGGGUACAGAAAGGCAAGGUGACCCUUUUCGGCCAAGAUGAGCAGGAUCAGCCCGAGUUCGAGUUUCGGCAUGAAAGUCCAGAUGCGUUGGUGAGGCCUGUCAAUGUUGGAAGGUUUGUCAACAAUGGAAUGCCAAGAAAUGGCGAAAAUGAUGCCUUCUUUGAGCCUCAGGAUUCACAGAGUGUGACUAGUAACUCCGAGGCUGAGGAUGCUGGUGGGCAGGGGUGGUGGAAGCCCAGUUCUCCUUAUGGGACGUCUGCUGGCACACCUGGUGCAGAAUUUUAUGAUGCAUUCGAAGAAAUAUCAAGCGAUGGUGCAACUCGAUCUUCUCGAUGUAUUGAUGACGAGUACCGUGAAAUGAGGUUAAGCAUGUUGACAGAAAUUGAGGGUAGGAAACAAGCUGAGGAGGUAGCUGAGACCUGGCAAAAGGAGUGGAAGAAGCUGAGUCAUCACCUGUCGCUGAUAGCCUUGUCACUUCCAUCUCCAACUGUAGCUGAGAAUGAUGAUGAUACAAGUGCAGAUCCUGGAGCUGAGUUGUGCCAACAAAUAAGUGUUUCGCAACUGGUGGCCGUUUCUAUUGCACGUGGAACUGCUCGUGCAGAAGUUGAAUCAGAGAUGGAAAGUGUGAUUGCAGCAAAGAACUUUGAGAUUGCAAGGUUAUCAGAUAGGGUCCAGUACUAUGAAGCAGCAAACAGGGAGAUGUCUCAGAGAAACCAAGAAGCUAUCGAGAUGUCCAGGCAACAGCGGAACAAGCGUAAGAUAAGGCAGAAGUGGUUCUGGGGUUCAGUUGGCAUAGCAGUUACCCUUGGCACAGCAGCUAUUGCCUGGUCCUACAUGCCCGCGAGCCAGUCCCAGGCUGGGGACUCAAAUAGCACGAACACCAACAGCGAUUAGAGCUAGCUGAAGAUGCAUCUUCUCCUUGCAGAGGUCCUAACAAAAGCUCUAACUAUACUUCAUAGAGAGAAAAAAAGCUUGUAUAAGUUUUCUCUUUUGGUGAUCGGCUGUGAUCACUACAAUCCUCAUUUGCCGCUUCCUCUGUAAAAAAAUGUGGAAUGGGCCAUCUCCGUCCAGGAUUGGCCUGACUCCUCCUUACCGUAAGUCCCUCGUUGCAUAGUUGGUUGAGCGUAAUAAUACGAGGAAUGUGGAUAUAGUUAGUAAAAUUGUCCAUGGUGAACUCAAGGGGAGUUGAUUUUGACAGUUGCAGUUUUGAUCUGGGCCUUGUUUACUCGAACAAGAUUUCUUUGUCA